AUGAGCGCGGCGUACGGCAAUGCAGGCACUAGCGGGACGUUCGACACCCCGUCUGCUACCCUCCGCAGGCGGGAGGCGGACGCAGCGACGGCCGCCUGGUUCCACGAGCUUGUAAAGGAGGUGGAGGAGGCCGGGGACGCCGAGGUGAAUCGCGCUCGGGCGCCUCUGUUUGAGAAGGCGCACCGCCCGCACGUGUUUACAGCAGAGGAGCGACGACGCAUGGAUUGCUAUGAGAGCAUCGAUUACGCCGAGGGCCAGUCCCUCGUUCACCGCGUCAGCAGCACUCGCCAAAGCAGCACGGACGCGAAGGGGUGGCUGCGCCUGCUGAUGUUCGUCUUGAUCGGCCUCGCCGUUGGUGGUUGGUCCCUCUUGGUGCUUCAGACGCUUGACUACCUUGCGGAGGUGAAGCUGGAUGCGGUGCAGGGGGUGGUGCGCAGCCGCAACAGCACUUACCCGCCCUUCAAUGCGUCCAAAUUCUACAUGUCGACGCUGCGCAACUCUCGACAUGAAGGCGGCGACGACGAAAAGGCGGCGGUAGUGCUACGCACCCUAUCGUGGUCAGCGCUGCUGCACGGGGGUGUGCUGUACACGAUGUGGGGCGUGCUGAUGGCGCUUUUGUCGUCUCUCUGCUGCCUCGUCAUGCCGAGCGCCGCUGGCAGCGGUAUCCCGGAUGUGAUGGCGUACCUCAACGGCGUCAUGUUCCCGCGCAUCUUCAACAUUCGCAACCUGGUGGUCAAGACGCUCUCCUGCAUCCUCGCGGUGAGUGCCGGUUUGCCGGUGGGGACGGAGGGGCCUAUGAUCCACAUGGGCUCACUCAUUGGAGCCGGGCUCCCCACCGGCCGCAGCCGCUCUCUGGGAUGCAGCGCCACCUCCGUCUUUGACCUAUUUCGCAAUCCGCGCGACCAGCGUGACUUCAUCUCCGCCGGCGCCGCCUGCGGCUUGACGAGCGCCUUUUCUAGCCCGCUGGGCGGGAUGCUGUUCGUCCUGGAGGAGAUGGCGACUCAUUUCUCUGUGCGUCUCGCGUGGCUCGUCUUCCUCUCCUGUCUCUCGUGCAUGUGGAUCAUCCAGGCAUGCAACUCCUUUCUAUCUGGCUGGCAUCUCGUCGACCGGUCCGCCAUGGCGCUCGGUGAUCUGCGCGAGGCGUCCAUUGCAAUGUUCUACAUCGACACCGUGCGAGAGAACACGGUCUCCUUGUACACGUACACGUUCAUCCCUACCGUGAUGGUGGCGGUGCUGUCUGGCCUCUUGGCAGUGGCUUACACGGUCAGCAGCAUCCGCUUCUCCCGCUGGCGCUCGCGCUGCCUCUUCCCCACGGCGCUGUACCGUGUGCUGGAGCCGUGCGUGUUCGCAUCUCUUUUCUCCACAGCCUGCUACGUGAUGCCCCUCUUCACACCCUGCGUGCCGACCCCACCGCACGUGCGAGAGAAGAAAGAGGCUCUAAACGUGGAGCUCUUCACCGCGUUCUGCGCGCAACCCGAAACAACCCAUCACCCGCUCGCCACCCUCACCAUGACCAGUCCUUACAACCUACUGCGCCUCUUGUUCUCGCGCCGCUCGGUGGGGCUCUUCCCGGCAUGGUCACUUUUCCUGCACCUCGCGAUUUACGUGGUCGGUUCCAGUUAUGCUGGUGGCAUGUUCAUCUCCUGCGGCACCGUCAUCCCGUCGCUGCUCAUCGGCGCGGUCGAGGGGCGCCUCAUCGGCGUUCUUUUUCAGCGCCCGCUGUGGGCGGAUGAGGGCGUGGUCGCCCUUAUCGGGGCCGCCGCAUACUUUGCCGGCAUCUCCCGCCUCACUUUCGCCCUUGUGGUCGUCAUGAUGGAGUUGACGGCGGAUGUGUCGCACAUCACGUGUCUCAUGCUCGGCAUCCUGCUUGCCAAGGGCAUUGCGGACAAGUGCUGUCAUUCCUUUUACCACGCCUCAUUGGAGGUGAAGGCGGUCCCCUUCCUCGAGGCACAGACGAGCAUGCACCUACUCGACACAUACACGGCCCGCGACAUCAUGACAAGCCCGGUUACAGUGCUGGAGACGAUGGACACCGUUCUGCACGUGGUCGAGGUGUUGACCAUGACACGACACAACGCCUUCCCUGUCGUGCGAGUGGGUAAGGCGGACCAAACCUACGAGGGCAUGAUCACGCGCGUGCAGCUUCAGCUGCUGCUCUGGGUCGUGUACCUGCGCGAGAUGGGUGAUGCCUCAGAAGUGCUCGUCGACGAGGAAGGUGAUGACGACAGUGACGGCGCGGCCGAUGCGCGGAGCGGGAUGGCGUCGGCGCAGGUCGACGCCGAGGGCUUCAUUCGAUCUCACGUCACGGCAGCGGAGCUGAAGCGCGUGCACGAGUUUCUUUUCUGGAACCGCCUGCCGGGCGUCCCCAUGAUGGAGCACCUGCCACUGUCUGCCAUCCGCUCAUACAUCGACCUUCGCCCGUACGUGGACAACAGCGCGCCGUACGUGCAGCAAGGCGUGUGCGUCUCGAGGGCGUAUUACGCCUUUCGCCACCUGGGACUGCGCCACUUGCCGGUGCUUGAUCGGACACAGCGGGUCGUCGGGAUCCUGACGAGGGUGUGCUUUGUGGGCGAUCGACUCGCGGAGAGGGUCGGCACACAACCCGCUGAGGGCUUCGGCAACACCGAGUGGAGAGGGUGA